AUGGCUGCGUUCGCUGCCUUGGCGGAACUUCUGUCUAGCGACGAAAGCACUUCAAGCAGCAGCUCGUCCAGCUCAGACGACGAAGACUUCGAGGAAAGACAAGCGCUAUGCGAAGCCUUCUUUCGGGAAACUUUUUCGGAGUCCCACCGCGAACGUCCCAAAAUUUUGGGGUUCAUCGAGAACGUUGCGCGGCUGUACACAGACGAGCAGUUCCGUCAAGACUUCAGGGUGUCGAGGCGUGUCGCGGAAACGUUGAUCCGUGGUUUUGAAGGCUCGCGUCACUACCCAUGCAGUGAUCGUGGUGGGUCCCCCUCGAAAACCGCGGAAGAGCACAUUCUGGUCUUUCUGUGGUUUGCUGCAAACAAGGCGUGCCUGAGGGACGUUGCUGGACGCUUUGGCAUGGCAACUGCGACAGCAUUUAGAGUCGUGGAGCGCACGCUCGAAUAUUUCCUUGAUAUAGCCGAAGAGGUAAUAUCAUUUCCAGGAGAUCUUGAUCAGCUGUCAGCGGACUUCGAACAAGUGUCAGGAGUGCCCAACACGAUCGGUUGCAUUGACGGAUCCUACAUAAGCAUCCGCUGCCCUGCAAAAAAAGUGCGUUCAACCUAUGUGAACAGGCACAGUUAUCCGUCACUGACACUGCAAGCUCUGUGUGAUCACAAAAAGAAGUUUCUCGAUGUGACUACUGGACACCCCAGCAAGAUUCACGAUUCGAGAAUCUUCAGGACAUCGAGGCUUUCUUCAAAGUUGCCGCAUGUGUGCUGUUCCGGGAAGUACCACGUUCUCGGGGACGCUGCCUACCCGCUUCGAGAUUACCUCAUAACCCCAUUCAGGAAUUAUGGUCACCUUGACGCGAGGCAGCGCGCCUUCAAUUAUCACUUUUCGGCAACGAGAGUGAAGAUUGAGAAUGCCUUUGGAGACCUCAAGGCCAGGUUCCGCCAGCUGCUGCACCUGGACUUUCUGUUUGUAGACAAAAUGAACAAGUUCAUUAUAGCUUGUUGUGUUUUGCACAAUAUGUGCAUUAAUUGUGGUGAUGUGGAUGUGCCGCCGUACAUCGAUGAUGAACAUGCACCGUGGGAAUGGGAGGCACAACCGGAUGAUGUUCCCCCCAACAAUGGCCCGCUUGCAUCAACUGAAGAUGCACUGCGUCGCCAAGGCGAGGAGAAGCGUGAGCGCUUAAUGCAAGCGAUGCGCAUUUGAUUUAAAGUUAGGACUGCCUACGUGUACACAAAACAAGAAAC